UCGGACUCGGUGCAGGGAUCGAUUGGUUUGGUCUGCUAGCUUGUGUAUGGGAGUCGUCUGUUGUCAGGUGUUUGUAUUAAUGUGUUCGGAGUCGGAGCGCGUCUGUACAGUGAUGUCGGACUCACAGUGAACUGCAGGAGAAGCAGCAACAUGGCUGCUGACGACAAGUCCUCAUCCUCGUCCUCGACGGAGUGGAGCGUCGAGCCGCCCACCGUCUCGCCCGCGAGCCCCUCCCACCUCACCCACUUCAAACCACUGACUCCGGAGCAGGAUGAUCCUCCGCUGCGCUCGGCGUACAGCUCGUUCGUCAACCUGUUUCGUUUCAACAACAAAGAGGAGGGACGUCUUCCCUCAGCAACCUCAGAGAAGCCCGAUGCGCCGACACAUUCUCCCCAGUCGGAGAGGAGGAGCUGGUCCACCAGUCCGUCUCACUCCCUCCACGGCUCGAGGUCGCAACGGAAACAACACGGCGAACACCUCAGACGAACCUCCACCGCCUCCGACGGCAGCAGGAAAGCAGACGCACCCCUGAGCAACCACGACCCGCGCACAGCGGUGCAACUUCGGACCGCACUGAAGAGGCUGAAGGAAAUCAUGGAGGGGAAGAGCCAGGACAGUGAUUUGAAGCAGUACUGGAUGCCCGACAGUCAGUGUAAAGAGUGUUACGACUGCAAUGAGAAGUUCACCACCUUCCGCCGCCGUCACCACUGUCGCCUCUGUGGCCAGAUCUUCUGCAGCCGCUGCUGCAACCAGGAAAUCCCCGGCAAGUUCAUGGGCUACACAGGAGAUCUACGAGCCUGCACGUACUGUCGCAAGAUCGCGCUGAGCUACGCCCACUCCGCCGACUCGGGCUCCAUCGGCGAGGACCUGAGCGCCCUGUCGGACUCCACCUGCUCAGUGAGCGUGCUUGAGCCCAGCGAGCCUCGGACGCCGGUGGGCGGGCGCAAGGCCAGCAGGAACAUCUUCCUGGAGGAAGACCUGACCUGGCAGAGAAAAACUCCCAUUGGGAUGAGGAAGACUAUGAUCCACCAGGAGCCUCAGAGCAGUGGCCUCAACUCCAGGCUGACAGCUCUACAAGAAGACGUUGGCAAGUCGCCCGCAAGGAAGAGGUCCGCGAGCGUCACCAACCUGUCGCUGGACCGCUCCGGAUCCUCCAUGGUGCCGUCCUACGACAGCUCCGUCAGCCCCCCGACCAGCCGGGCCAUGUCGGGCACCAAGAGCGGCACCAAGCUGGACCACAGCGAGGAGGAGAGGAAGAUCCUGCUGGACUCGUCGCAGCUGAAGGACCUGUGGAAGAAGAUCUGCCACAACAGCACGGGAAUGGAGUUCCAGGACCACCGGUACUGGCUCAGGACCUACCCCAACUGCAUUGUGGGAAAGGAGCUGGUCAACUGGCUGCUGAGGAACGGCACCAUCUCCACCAGGGCCCAGGCCAUCGCCAUCGGCCAGGCGUUGGUGGACGGCCGCUGGCUGGACUGCGUCACCCACCACGACCAGCUCUUCAGGGACGAGUACGCUCUCUACCGCCCCCUACAAAGUACAGAGUUCUCCGAGACACCGUCUCCAGACAGCGACAGCGUGAACUCCGUGGAGGGCCACUCGGAGCCGUCCUGGUUCAAGGACAUCAAGUUCGACGACAGCGACACGGAGCAGCUCGCAGAUGAGGCGGACGACACCAUGCCGAACUCGGCCAGCCCCAGCAAGCGGACAUCCGUCAGCAGCUUCCAGUCGGUGGUCGACAGCGACUCUGCCGCGUCCAUCAACCUCAACAUGGAGCAGAACAACGUCAACUUCCACAUCAAGAAACAGUCCAAGUAUCCACACGUGCCUCCUGCCUCCUCCGAGCAAAAAGCCGAAUACCUGGUGUCUGAGGACGGAGGUCAGAACAUCGUCAUCAGCGACGCCUUCAUCAAGGAGUCUCUGUUCGACCGUCGCGUGGAGGAAAAGGCCAAAGAGAUGCUGUUCACGCCGCUGGGUUGGCACCACAGCUCCCUGGACCAGCUGAGGGAGGAGAACGGGGAGAAGAAGGCCAUGGAGCGGCUGCUCUCAGCCAACCACAGCCACAUGAUGGCGCUGCUGCAGCAGCUGCUCUACAGCGAGUCCCUGUCUCUGUCGUGGCGUGACAUCAUCGUCCCCGUGGUGCGGCAGGUCGUGCAGACGGUGCGGCCCGACGUGCGCAACUGCGACGACGACAUGGACAUCCGUCAGCUGGUCCACAUCAAGAAGAUUCCUGGAGGCAGGAAGUUUGACUCCACGGUGGUGAACGGCUUCAUGUGCACCAAGAACAUCGCCCACAAGAAGAUGAACGCCUACAUCAAGAACCCCAAGAUCCUGCUGCUGAAGUGCUCCAUCGAGUAUCUGUACCGGGAGGAGACCAAGUUCACCUGCAUCGACCCCAUCGUGCUCCAGGAACGAGAGUUUUUGAAGAACUACGUUCAGCGCAUCGUGGACGUCCGUCCGAACCUGGUGUUGGUCGAGAAGACGGUGUCCCGCAUCGCGCAGGACAUGCUGCUGGAGCACGGCAUCACGCUGGUCAUCAACGUCAAACCGCAAGUCUUGGACCGGGUGAGUCGUAUGACGCAGGGAGACCUGGUGAUGUCCAUGGAUCAGCUCCUCACCAAACCUCGUCUGGGGACCUGCCACAAGUUCUACAUGCAGCCGUUCACCUUGGCCAAUGACGAGGCGAAGACGCUGAUGUUCUUCGAGGGCUGCUCUCCGCACCUCGGCUGCUCAAUCAAGCUGCGCGGUGCGUCCGAGUACGAGCUGGCCCGGGUGAAGGAGAUCAUCAUGCUCAUGGUGUGCGUGGCCUACCACUCGCAGCUGGAGAUCUCCUUCCUCAUGGACGAGUUCGCCAUGCCGCCCAGCUUGACGCAGAGCGCCUCGUUCCCCUGCCUGCUGGAGGGCAUCUCCAUCGAGGAGGAGGAGGAAGAGGAGGAGAAGGAGGAGGAGGCAGAUGGCGAGAGGGAGACAAACGGGGAGAGUCGGGAGAAAACCACCGGGACUGAGGACUCGUCACUUGAAGGUCGACCUGAGGCGAAAGUGCUCCUCGCGGAGGCUUCUUCCAAAAACGUUGAGCUGGACAGUCUUCAAGACGCACUGAAUCCAAGAUCUCCCUCCUCGGAGGUCAUGAUCUCCUCACCGUUCUCCAGUCCGCCUGCUCCGCCUCUGUCCGUCUCUCCUCCGUUCCUCCUGGAAGAAGACCCAGAGGUGACGCUGUCGGACACGCUUGUCCCGUCGUCCGAGGGCGAUACGAGGGAGGAGGAGGAGGAGGGGGAGGACGAGUCCCUCAUCGCGGAGGACGGGGAGGGUUCGGAGACACCCACGCCCAGGCUGUUCCGAGACCCCCUGCAGGACGACACGGGGAUGUUCGUGGCCGAGCAGGUGGCGUCGUUCGACGACCGCCUCAAGUCCAUCUCCGCCGUCUUCAAGCAGGAGCUGAAGGACAUGAUCCUGUGCAUUUCGCCCUUCAUCACGUUCAAAGAGCCGUUCCUCCUCACGCCCGCCGGCAUGCACUGCCCCAGCAGGGACUACUUCCCCGAGCAGGUCUUCCUGUCUCCUCUCCUGAACAAAGACCUCAAGGAGCUGGACGGCCGCAGGAAGCGGCAGCUCCUGAAAGACUCCGCCCCUUCCUUGCUGGUCGCGGCGCAGACCAACGGCGGUGCACUGCCCCGGCCCAUCGACGUGCUGCCCUGCCACGGCCUCACCAGCACCCGCAUCGUGGAGCAGCUGAACGGCAGCCAGGGUCUGGCCAAGAUGCUGGCGGAUUACAGGGCAAAGGGCGGUCGCAUCCGGCAGCGGGAAGCGUCCGACCCGUUUGGGGGCGCCGGCGCUGCUGCCGGGGCACUGGCGCCCGUCGGCGGACAGAGCCGAGCGGCAGCGGAGGCGCCGGUCAGACAUGCGCUGAAGGCCGACAGCGAAGAGGAGAAGCCGAGCAAACAGAACGAUAUGAGCUGGGCCACUAAGCUCGACUGUUUGAACCCGGUCAACCACCAGAGACUGUGCGUUCUCUUCAGCAGCUCCUCAGCUCAGUCCAACAACGCGCCCAACCCCUGCGUCAGCCCCUGGAUCGUCACCAUGGAGUUUUACGGAAAGAACGACCUCUCGCUCGGGAUAUUCCUAGAGCGAUAUUGUUUCAGGCCGUCCUAUCAGUGCCCCAACAUGUUCUGCGAGACUCCCAUGGUGCACCACGUCCGGCGGUUCGUGCACGGCAGCGGCUGCGUGCAGAUCGUGCUGAAGGAGCUGGACUCCCCCGUGCCCGGAUACCAACACACCAUCCUCAACUACUCCUGGUGCCGCAUCUGCAAACAGGUGACGCCGGUCGUGCCUCUGUCCAACGACUCGUGGUCCAUGUCGUUCGCCAAAUACCUGGAGCUCCGCUUCUACGGCCACCAGUACACCAGACGGGCCAACGCCGAGCCCUGCGGCCACUCCAUCCACAAGGACUACCACCAGUACUUCUCCUACAACCAGAUGGUGGCGUCCUUCAGCUACACGUCGGUGAGGAUGUUGGAGAUUUGUCUUCCUCGUCCCAAGAUCUUCAUCCGGAACCUGGGACCGUCCAAGAGCAGCCUGCAGCAGGACCUGAAGGACUUCUCCCUGAAAGUGACUCAGGUUUACUUGGCCAUCGACGACCGUCUCACCUCCCUGAAGACGGACACCUUCAGUAAGACGCGCGAGGAGAAGAUGGAGGACCUGUUCGCUCAGAAAGACAUGGAAGAGGCGGAGCUGCGCAGCUGGAUCGAGAAGCUUCAGGCUCGGCUGCAGGUCUGCGGCGUCGACUCUCCCCAGCAGCUGCAGGUGGUUCUGGAGUCGCUGGUGAUGAAGAAACAGGGACUGUGUGAAAUGUUGCAGUCGUGGAACAGCAGGCUGCAGGACUUGUUCCAGCAGGAGAAAGGCAGGAAGCGUCUGUCCGUGCCCCCGAGUCCGGGCAGACACAGACAGACCACCGCUGACGACAGCAAGGGUGCCCUGGAUUCCUCCCCUCGUAACCCCUCUCCUGUGGUACAGAACGGAGAUAAAGAGGACCGCCUCCUCAGCGCCAUGCCCUCUGGCUCCUCCUCCUCCCUGCUGCCAUCGCCGGGAGACCCCGGAGCCGAACCCGUCACGCCCGGUCCGUCCUUCGCCGAGCAGGACUCCCUCAGCAUCCCAGAAGACGUGUUUGAUGGACACCUGCUGGGUUCCACUGACAGCCAGGUGAAGGAGAAGUCCACCAUGAAGGCCAUCCUCGCCAACUUUCUCCCCGGCAACAGCUACAACCCCAUCGCCUUCCCGUUCGACCCAGACAAGCACUACCUGAUGUACGAACACGAGCGAGUUCCCAUCGCCGUGUGUGAGAAAGAGCCGAGCUCCAUCAUCGCCUUCGCUCUCAGCUGCAAAGAAUAUAAAAUGGCUCUGGAUGAUUUGUCCAAGGUGUCGAACGCUGGAGGGGACGAGACUCCACAGGUCGUCAGCAGUGCGGAGACGCGGGCGAAGAGCAGCCCGGCCAGACCCAGCGAGUCCAUCUCCUCGCUGCAGAGCCGCAGCAGCCUGGACGCUGAUCCACUCAAAGACGCAGAUCUGACGGACAGACAGAAGAAACAGACGUCGAAUCCUCACAUCGAACUACAGUUCUCCGACGCCAACGCCAAGUUCUACUGCCGGAUCUACUACGCCGAGGAGUUCCACAAGAUGCGCGAGGAGAUCAUGGAGAGCGCCGAGGAGGACUUCGUCCGCUCGCUGUCGCACUGCGUCAACUGGCAGGCCCGCGGGGGGAAGUCCGGAGCCGUGUUCUACGCCACAGAAGACGACCGGUUCAUCCUGAAGCAGAUGCCCCGACUCGAAGUCCAGUCCUUCCUGGACUUUGCGCCUCACUACUUCACCUACAUCACUGGAGCUGUGCAGCAGAAGCGUCCGACGGCGCUGGCGAAGAUCCUGGGCGUUUACCGGAUCGGUUACAAGAACUCGCAGAACAACACGGAGAAGAAACUGGACCUGCUGGUGAUGGAGAAUCUCUUCUACGGACGCAAGAUGGCUCAGGUGUUCGACCUGAAGGGUUCUCUGCGGAACCGUAACGUGAAGACGGACUCGGGGAAGGAGAGCUGCGAGGUGGUGCUGCUGGACGAGAACCUCCUGAAGCUGAUCCACGACAACCCGCUGUACAUCCGCUCGCACUGCAAGGCCAUCCUGCGCGCCGCCAUCCACAGCGACGCCUACUUCCUGUCCAGCCACCUCAUCAUCGACUACUCCCUGCUGGUGGGGCGCGACGACGCCACCAACCAGCUGGUGGUCGGGAUCAUAGAUUACAUCCGGACGUUCACGUGGGACAAGAGGCUGGAGAUGGUCGUCAAGUCCACAGGGAUCCUGGGAGGUCAAGGGAAGAUGCCCACCGUCGUCUCUCCGGAGUUGUACCGAGCUCGUUUCUGCGAGGCCAUGGACAAAUACUUCCUGAUGGUUCCGGACCACUGGACCGGACUGGGCGUCAACUGCUGAGCGGUGCGUCAGCGUCCAGGUUCAGAAAAAACACAAACACACAUCUGCUUCUUCUCAGAGGUGGACGAACAUUACCCAGAAGCACACGGGACUUUAACAACAUGCAGAGCGACAGAAGCUCCACCACAAAACAGCACGUAAUCAUUCCACAGCGCCGGGUUCCGCAUCGACGGCGUUAUUCCUACAAAUCAAAUCUGGGGUUUUUUAUCACUGUGGACGAAUUGUGGUACAGAUCGGAUCAUAAUUUGUCUCCUUGUCAAUUCCUGUUUGUUGUUUUAUUAAAAUUCAACGGUUUCAAGGGGAUCAGAUGAAAACAUUCAGUCCUGUGGUUCAAAGUUUGUUCAACUAACUCAUUUGUGUAAUUUAAAGUUUGUAAAUGUACAGAGAUUAUGUAACUAUUAAAAUAGUAUGAACACUGA